AUGAAACCGGGUCUAACAGACCGUGGGAACAACGCAAAAGUGCUGCCAAGUGUUGUAUCCCCCGAAGAUUCAAUCAUCAAGAGAGUUGGCACGAGCCUUCAGCUCAUGCUCAAGCAUGAGUACGGUGAUGUUUACGACGGGGCAUUGAAGGUCGAGCUCAAGGAGUAUCGCAAAGGAGCAGAUCCUUUCAACCGCAAGAUUUGCAAGCAUGAGAAUGUUCGAGAUUGGUGGUUAGCUGUUCAAAAGGACGAAAACGCACGAGCCCUUGCAAUCAAGUUAUACUCCAUCGUCCCAGUGUCGAUGGCCGACGAGAGGACAUCCCACUCGGAGCAGACAAGACAUCUCAACAUUAAAAGAACAUAUACAGAUUCGUCAGUGGCACACUGGAAAGCUGAUCCCGUAGCACCGACGGUCGCUCCUUCUGUCAAAUGGCGAGAUAUGUAUGCAACCAUCCAUGGUAAACCUGAGACACCGCCUGUCGUCCCGCCGCCUGCUCGACCACCUACCAUGACCACGGACAUCAUUUCGAGCUUGACCGACGAACAUCAAGGCAGAUGUUCAGACUCGGAUGAUGAAGAUGGGGAUUGGCUUGAUAAUGGUGAUAUUGCGGACCAUGUGGAUUUAGCUGGCGUGAAAAGCACUGAGUUCGACGUGGGUAAAGAUAUUAACAUAUCAUCCACGUACCUCCUCGAUAUUUUGUCGGACCACGCUCUACAGCCCACGGCUGCUUGCGGAGGUCUGUCGACACCAAAGGUGAUGGCUGCCACAACUUCAUCCUCGACACCGAUGGAUGACGACGAGUGGGAGGAAUGGUGA